AUGCGGGUCGCCCGUCGGCGCAUGGUGCGCGCGCUGAGUGACUUUGUCGCGUGCAUCACGUGCUCGAAGGAGGAGGAGGAGGUGGUGAUCGCGGAGAAGGAGGUGGAUGAGAAGAUUCAACAAAUCAUGAAGUGGAAGCGAAGCACGGGGAAGGUGAACGCGUUAAAGCUGUGGUUGGUCGAGCUCGAGGGAUGGAUCGCGGAGGAGGUGGAGCAUCGUUACGGGAAACACAUCGCGAGGUCUCACGGUGGGUUCGUCAAGGAGACGCUCCCGAGUUUGUGUAAAUUUAAGGAAAUGCCGGUGCAGAUUGCGGCGUUGGCGUUGGUGGAGCGUCUCGGGAUGGCGGACGAGACGGCGACGAUGUUAGGGACGAAGGAGAUGUUUAAAACAUGCGUGGGGAUCAUCAAAGGGAAAAAGGCCAAGAAUUUAGGCGCCGCGGCGAGCGGGGCGCUGUCGACGCUUGUGAACCACGAGGACACGCGGUACUUGGCGAGCGACGAGGGACUGGAUAAAUCCAUGUCGAGUCUCAUCGUUGAGAAGGGAUUAGGGGUGGUGACGAAGAGAAAUUGCGUCGUUACGUUUGCCAGAAUGGCCGAUGAUCCCGAGGUGGCGUCUCUCAUGAGCGCGAAGAACCCGGAUCAGGUGAUAAAGACGCUUUUAGAUUUCGUCGACAAGACAGACGACAUGGACACGGAGAAGUGGGCACUCAUCGGCCUGGCGCGUCUGGCGAUGAACGACGCGUUCAGUGAUAUUUUGCAGAAGAAAGGACACAUCCCUUUCCUGUUUGAGCUCUCACGAGAUAAGAUUCCGACGAGAAAGCUCGCAGCGUCUCUCGUCAUCGCCCACCUGGCGAGAAACAAAAAUUUGCGCGAGACGUUGGUGAGGCAUCGUGCGAUUCAGUUGUUUUGCGCCAUUGCGAUGAACACCUCGGAACGAGUAGAUAUGGCGGAGAUGCAACUAGUCGCAGCGAUGGGUCUGAAGAAUUUGGCGUCGAACUUUGAGCUUCGCGCGCUCGCCGGUCGCACCGGCGCCAUUUCCUCGUGCCUCUUCAUGAUGAAGAGCCCGCAGCAGGAAGUCGCGCGCUUCGCUGCGCUCGCGAUCGCUGAACUUUCCCUCUACGAACCGAACGGUCGGAAGUUUGUUCAACAAGGAGUGCUCAAGUGGAUCAUCAAGCUCGCGCGCACGGGCGACGUGCGAUCUGAAGUCGCGGCCAUCGGCGCCUUAUCCAACCUGAUGUUGACGCCCGAGAACCAAGGAGCUAUGAUCGCCGAAGAUGGUACCAAGGUGGUGGACGCUCUACAAAACUCGCGAAACACGCGCGUCGCUCACCUCGCAAAACAGCUACUGAAGCGUCUGCGCCUGGCGAAGCUUCGCGCGGCGUGCAAGCUCGCGGCGCGAAUGAAGGCGACGGGCAAAGCGCUCAUCGAGCAGGGUGUAGUCAUCGGCGAUGGAUAUUAG